ACCGAAGAGGCAAAGGCCAUGGGCUUCAGAUGGGGAAGGCAGCCAAAGUGAUGGGGUCUCCUAACAUCUUGGCCUGCCUGUUCCUACUAUGCCUUGGAUGUACUCUCUGCUCAGCCGGCGUCCCGGGAACUGAGUUCAUAACGGCUUUCAUGCAGAACCACGACAAAAACACUGGCGACCCUGAACUCCGACUCUUUAUUACGGCUUUAUCUGAUGCCACCAACGUCGUGAUUAAGAUCAACAAGUUAAACUUCCGGAAGUCUAUCAGCCUAAACAAGUUUGAAGACGCCACCGUUGACCUUCCAAAAACCAUCCAAAUCUCUGGCUCUGGAGAGUCCACCUAUUCGGUGAUUGUGACUUCUAACAACCCGGUAUCGGUUGUUUCCCAAAAUUUCAAGGAGCAAAGCUCGGACACUGCGUCGCUUUACCCGACAUCGGAAUUAGGAAACGAGUAUUAUAUUUUUACUCCUCCGGAUGGCCACUUCAAAGAGUUUGCCAUCAUUGCCAAAGAGCCUACAAAAGUAACCAUCAGCCCCACCGGAUCACUGUCCUACCAAGGGAAGACAUAUGGUAAAAACAGCAAGCUGUCCUUUACCCUCGACCCGUACGACGUGUUCCAGUUCCAAAGUGAAGACGACCUCAGUGGGUCAAAGGUUGUAGCCAAUAAAGCCGUGGUGGUUCUCAGCGGUCACACGUGCUCUUUGAAGCUAACAAAAUGUAACCAUGUUUACGAACAGCUGCAGCCUGUUUUUAUUUGGGGGGAAACCUUUUUCAUACCCCCGGUUUCUUUCCAGAAACAGUACGACCUUGUUUAUGUCAUGGCGGGUACCCCCAAUACAAAAGUAACCUAUCAGGCCGGGUCGCAGAUAAGCCACCUUGAUAUGAAAGCUGGAGAUGUCAUAUCGAUCGAACUAGACCCAGGAGCCCCACUUUUCAUCAACUCAACAGAAGGGAUCCAAGUCAUGUACUAUGGUACUGGAGGGAAAACGAAAGAUGUAGACUUUGACACCAAUCUGAUGACUGUCCAAGAUGUGUUGUCCUUCUGUACCUCGUUCAAGGCCACCGCUCUGCCCAAUUUUAGCAACAGAGCCAUGUUGGUUGCGAAAACAUCAGAAGUGGAAAAAUUGACCGUUGAUAAAGCCCCCCUCAAUGCAAUCAACUGGCAAGGAAUUCCAGGAACGGAGUACUCAUACGGGGAGUACCCUCUGUCCGGCUCCAAGUCCUAUAUUUUUGAGAGCAGCAAAAGUUCUUUCAGCUUAAGCAUUCUGGGAAUUUCAGAUCUGAAUAACUUCGGAGAAUCGGCAGUCUGUCUUGGUGGCUCCUCACGACCAUCGUGCAGCCAAGUCCAAUGCCGAAAGAAGGAGGUUUGCCAAAUCAGUCAUGGAAAAGCAACAUGCCAAGGAAACUCUGAGGCCACUUGCUGGGCGUGGGGAGACCCCCAUUACCACACCUUUGAUGGGAAGAACUAUGACUUCCAGGGCACCUGCUCCUACACCAUGUCCAAGACCUGUGGCGAUGACACCAGCCUCCCUUCCUUCAAUAUCGAAACCCUAAAUGAAAAUCGAGGUUCCUCUCUGGUGUCGUACCUGAAUUCAGUGAACAUCCAGAUUUAUGGCUUUAAUAUCACAUUUGUCCGCUCUGAAAUUGGUAUUGUGAGGAUAAAUAAUCAAAUAACUCAGCUACCAGUCAGCCUGCAGAAUGGUCAAGUGGUGAUAAACCAGAGUGGCACCUCACUUAUCCUGGUGACUGAUUUUAAACUCAAGAUCAUCUACGACUGGAACAUUCUAGUGAAGAUCACCAUCCCCGGCUCCUACUAUGAAAACGUAUGUGGCUUGUGCGGCAAUUAUAAUGACAACCCAAGAGAUGACCUAUCUAAUAACGGGAAGGAGUUGAAGCCUAUAGACUACGGUAAACUUUGGAAAGUGAAUUCCAACAGUGACUCAAGCUGCUGGGAUGACUGCAACGGGCCAUGUAAAAGUUGUAGUGUGAAAGAUACCAUCCGGUAUGGAAAUGAACAGAACUGCGGCAUCCUCACCGAAAAGGAUGGACCCUUCAGAAAAUGCUUCGAUACAAUUGACCCCAAGAUAUACAAAGACAACUGUGUUUAUGAUCUGUGCCUAAAUGACGGUUACAAUCAGAUCCUCUGCCAGUCCUUGAAAGCCUACAGCGACGUUUGUGCUAGAGCAGGGAUACAAGUCAAGGCCUGGAGAGAGGCAACGGACUGCCCUAUGGAAUGUCCUGGUAAUAGUACUUAUAAUCACUGUGGAAGCUCUUGCCCUCCGACGUGCCAAGACCCUGAGGCCCCAUCCAAUUGCAGUGACCCAUGUAUUGAGACCUGUGAGUGCAAUCCAGGCUUUGUUAUGAUUGAGGGAAAAUGCCAACCUAUGGAAAACUGUGGCUGCUUCUACAAAGGGCGUUCUUUGGGGCAAGGUGCCACUUUCUGGGAUGACCCUUCCUGUAAGAAAAAGUGCAUAUGCGAUCCGGAGACUCAAAAGGUUAAAUGUAGCAAUACCAAAUGCGGCACUGGAGAACAGUGCUUAAUUAAAGAUGGCAUUCAGGAUUGUUAUCCCACCAAAUACAGCACGUGUACAGGUUCUGGAGAUCCCCACUACGUGACUUUCGAUAACUUUCAUUAUGACUUUCAGGGAGCAUGCGAUUAUCAGCUCUCUGCACUUUGUGAACCGAAAAACGGCUUAGCUGAUUUCCAAGUCAUUAUCCGCAAUGACCAUCUAGGAAGUCUCCUUGUCUCUUACACUACCGCCGUCACAUUUAAGGUUUUUGAAAAUGAAAUCCAGAUCCGCAGAGAAUUCCCGGCUGCUGUCUUGGUGAAUGGUAUAAAAUCCAACCUGCCAUUGUCAUUAAAGCCACAACUUGGCAACAUCGAAAUUUAUCAGUCUGGAAGGCAGUGUAUAGUUCAGACCAGCAUUGGAAUUCGGGUCACGUUUGACUGGGAGGCAAGAGUGGGGGUGAUGCUGCCAUCCACUUACUCCGGACAUGUUUGCGGUCUUUGUGGUAACUUCAACGAUAAACCAGAUGAUGACUUGACCGAUCGGAAUGGCACAUUACAACUUAACGUCCCGUUGUUUGGUCAUAGCUAUCGGGAAGGCGAACGUGCUGAUCAGUGCCCGAUUGUGAAGGACACCAACUGCACAAACCUCCUAGCCCUGGAAGGGGAGCAGAAGAAAAAGCUGCAGGAGUGUGGCAUGUUGCUGGACAAAAAAGGUCCUUUUCGAGAUUGCUUUUCCACAGUUGACUCUAGCACUUACUUCAAGGACUGCGUUUACGAUAUGUGUGCCUAUGGCAAAAGGCAAGACCUCAUAUGCCGACUGUUGACGGGCUACACUGAAUCAUGCCAGGCAGCUGGUGCUGUUGUGUAUAACUGGAGAACAGACAUCACUUGUCCAAUCUCCUGUUCACUCAACAGCAUGUACAACAUAUCUACCAGUCCUUGCCCAUCUACUUGUCUCUCCGUGUCCGUGGCCUCGAAAUGUGAAGCUAAAUCCCGAGAAGGUUGUGAGUGUAAUCCAGGCUAUGUUCUCAGUGGUUCUGAAUGUGUUCCUUUGUCCCAGUGUGGCUGUCUGUACAACGGGCAAUACUACAAGCCGGGUGACCUCUUCUAUCCCGAUGACUCCUGCGAAAAGAAGUGCACCUGCUAUGGGGGAGGCUCAGUGUAUUGCGAGUCCGCUUCUUGCGGCCCCUAUGAAGUGUGUAGUGUGGUGAAAGGCAUCCAGAGCUGUAAUCCCAAUGGAAGCGCCGUGUGCUCAACCAUUGGAAAGACAAGCUAUAAUUCUUUUGAUAACUUUGGUUAUGACUUCAGCGGAAACUGCUCCUACAUCCUGUCCCAGACCUGUCUCAGUGAAGGAUCAAAGUUGACCCCAUACCUUAUCCAGAUAAGAAACAUAGAAAGCUCUGUCUCGUUAACCAAGUUAAUAAUUUUGGAGGUCUACAAUUACACCGUAACCAUUUAUCAAGGACCUGAGAACAAAAUUCUGGUGAAUGAUAUCCUUCGGACUCUCCCAUUUGAAUUAGGAGCUGGACAGCUACGAGCUGAUUACCAGGGUGGUGGCUCCGUCCUUAAGACUAACUUUGGUUUAAUCCUAGCCUCCGACAAUGCCAUUCAUGUCACCGUGCCUGCAACUUAUCACAACCAGAUCUGCGGUCUGUGUGGAAACUACAACGAUGACGACAAAGACGAGUUCAGUCCAUACGACAAUGAUGUUGUUUCAUUUGCUGAAUCCUGGAUAGAUUCUCCUGAAACCUGUGUUACCGUUGAGGUCUGUGAUGCUCGGAACAAGACUUGCUCCGAUUGCCCCAAAAAAGUGCAGAAACAGUUGGCAGGAGCGAGCUUCUGUGGCAUUCUGGUCCAAGCAGAUGGGCCCUUUGCACCCUGCCACCAGAUCUAUGAUCCCACACCCUACCUGAAAAGCUGUGUGAAUAUUCUUUGUGCAAAAACUGGAGAGCUCUGUCCAAUCCUUCAAGGCUACGUCAAGAUUUGCCAAGAUGCCGGAGCAAUUAUGAAACCAUGGAGAUCACCAAGUUUUUGCCCAUACACUUGCUCUGAGGAGAACAGCCAUUAUGAGUUUUGCGCUGACGUCUGCUCUACCAGUUGCUCCUCCCUCUAUGACAUCAUCAGCUGCCCAACCACCUGCUCUGAGGGCUGCCAGUGUGAUACUGGAUACCUUUUCCAAAACGGUCGUUGCGUGACCCCUACCAUCUGUGAUAGAUGCAUCUUGAAUGGAACAUUCUAUCAGGUGAACCAGACCGUCAUUUCUGAAGAUUGCAGCCAGUCCUGUAGUUGUAAUUCUCACCGUGUGAUGGAGUGCAUAGAGUACAGCUGUGGCUCUGAUGAGAUCUGCAAAAUAUUGAAUGGACAAGUCCAAUGUGUCAACAAGGAUCCUUGCAAGUCAGUCUCAUGCAGGGAAAAGGAGCAUUGUGAAAGUACCAAUGAUGUGCCAGUUUGUGUCCCCGAUUAUUCAAGUUCUUGCACUGGUUGGGGAGAUCCUCACUACCUAACAUUCGAUGGCUACAACUUUGACUUCCAUGGCACCUGUACUUAUAUUCUUGCCGAAUACCGUGGUAUUGAUGCAACCCUGGAGUACUUCCGUGUUGAGGAAAAGAAUGAUAACCGAGGGAGUCAGAUGUCUUCCGCCGUCAGACUGGUCAACAUUUUUGUCUAUGGCUACAACAUCUCCAUCCUAAAAGAUGAAAUUGGACAAGCUCGGGUAAAUGGUGAAAUUACAUUACUCCCUCUGAGUUUGUUAAAUGAUAAACUCACCAUAACCCAAACCGGUGUGUAUGCCACCCUGAAAACUCAGUUCGGCCUUAAAGUGGCCUAUGACUAUACCUGGCAAGUGGAAAUCACUCUUCCCAGUAGCUACUAUGGGGCAAUGGGUGGUCUUUGCGGAAACUUUAAUAAUAAUCCUCGUGAUGACAAGAUGUCACCUGACAUGAAGCAACUCACCGUCAUUACUAAGUGGGCAAAGUCAUGGAAAACCAUUGACGAUGAUGCCUUCUGCUCAGACAGCUGUCAAGGAAACUGCGUAGAAUGUAAUGAAACCUUAAAAAACAUUUAUGAAGGAGAAGAUUUUUGUGGUGUCAUCGAGGAUGAUGGUGGACCUUUCAGUAGUUGUCACUCUAACGUCAGCACCACCUUAUACUUCAGCAGCUGUGUAAAAGAUGUCUGUAGCCACAACGGAGCUGGCCUCUGUCAGGCUUUUGAGUCCUAUGCCACGGCUUGCCGAAAGCAAGGAGUGGAACUUCCUAACUGGAGGAACACUACAGGAUGCAAUAUGAUCUGUCCUGAGAACAGCCGGUAUGAAUAUUGCGGUGGCGCUUGUCCAGCCAGCUGCUUUGACAGAAACGCCCCAGAUAGAUGUACAGAUCCUUGUGUGGAGACUUGCCAGUGUAACGAAGGAUAUAUGUUGAGUGGUGGAAAUUGCAUUGAUGUCAAAACAUGUGGUUGCCUCCACAACGGGGUUAAUUACCAGGCCAACCAAGAAUUUUGGUCUGAUGAAAAAUGCAAAGUGAGCUGCAAGUGUGACCCGAAUCUGGGCAUGGUGAUUUGUGAAGAGGCGACAUGUCAGAGCAAUGAAAGGUGUAUGUUGAGAAAUGGAAUCAGGGACUGUUACCCUGUGAGUUACUCCACAUGUGUUAGUACUGGUGACCCACACUACACUACAUUCGAUGGCACGAAAUACAACUUCAUGGGCACCUGCAUCUAUCAGCUAACCGGUCUGUGCGUCCCAGAUCCAAAUCUUACCCCUUUCGAUAUCAAAAUUCAGAAUGAUAAGAGGGGCAGCAAAGCUGUGUCCUACACAAAGUCAUUGACCUUGGAAGUGUACAACCACACCAUAACGCUUACCCGGGACUAUCCAAAGAAGGUUUUGGUUGAUGGAGUUGCCCAUUUCAUUCCAUUUUCCUUGGAGUCCAACGCAAUCAAGGUAUUUAUGAAGGGAGAACAUGCCUUUGUCAGGACUGAUUUUGAAGUUACCAUGAAUUACAACUGGGAUAAUUAUGGCCGUGUCAUGGUGCCUAAUACCUAUGCUAAUGCCCUUUGUGGCCUGUGUGGAAACUACAACCAAGAUCCACUCGAUGACUUGACCCCCAACGUCACCGCAAGCGAUGGAAUUAAGUUUGAAGACAGGUAUAAAGUGGGCGAUGUACCUGAAUGCAAAGUGGGCUGUGUAGGAAAAUGCCCAGAGUGCAGCGACAAAGAGACACAGAAAUACUCCAGCCAACAUUACUGUGGCGUUCUCACACUAGAAGAUGGACCUCUCAGUCAGUGUAAGGAGACCCUUGACCCAACAUCAUAUUUCACUGACUGCGUAUUUGACAGCUGUCAGUACGAAGGACUAUAUUCGGCUACAUGUGCGGCCAUUGCUCGAUAUGUCACCGAGUGUCAAGAAAAAGGGGUUCAAAUUAAGGAAUGGAGGAAAGGCACAGUCUGUGAACCAACUUGCCCACCAAACAGCCACUAUGAGCUUUGUGGGCCUGGCUGUCAUACCACCUGCUCGAGCCUGACCUCUGCUUCCGACUGUGUAAAGUCAUGUACUGAAGGAUGCUAUUGUGACAACGGCUUUGGCCUCAGUGGAGAUACCUGUGUCCCUAUCUUUGAUUGCGGCUGCGACUACAACAAUAGCUACUACCAGAAGGGCGAGGUCUUCUACCCAGCACAAAAAUGCAACGAGCAAUGCAAGUGUGGAGACAAUGGACAAGUCGAGUGCGAGGCCGCACCCUGUGGGCCAAAUGAAGAAUGCAAAGUGGUCGAUGGAGCCAUUGGCUGUCACAACAAGAUCACAGGCACUUGUCUGGCCGCUAGCAACAGUCACUUCACCUCCUUUGAUGGUGUUAGCUACAGCCUCCAGGGCUCGUGUUCCUAUAUUCUGACUGAUGUCUGCAGCCCAAACGUGGCGCUCAGAAACUUUUCAGUUAUUGCAGAGAGCAUUGCUUUCGGGGAAGGUCCGUUUCUUGGAAUGCGGGCGUUGAAGGUUGUUGUAGAUGACUAUGAGAUCAUCAUGAGUAGAGGAGUACAGUGGACAGUAAAGGUCAACGAGGAACAUCAGAAUCUUCCUCUAGUUCUGAAAGAUGGAGAGAUCAACAUCAACCAAGAAGGGUCCAACAUCGUCAUUCAGACCUCUUUCGAGCUGACUGUGCUGUACGACUUGGUUAAUUCCGUUCAGAUUACAGUUCCUGGAGAAUACCAAGGGGCUGUGUGUGGUUUAUGCGGUAACUUUGAUCAGCAGCCCGAUAAUGACUUCCGCCUUCCCUCUGGUCAGUUGUCCACAAAUGCUGAAGAUUUUGGGGCGGCCUGGAAUGCCGACGGGACAGCGAAAGACUGCGGGUGCAAAGAUAAUUGCCCAGGUUGUGAUGAUAUGAGAGCCGCCAUCUUCCGCCGAGAUGAGGCCUGUGGCUUGUUACAGAAGGAAGACGGACCUUUUGCAGAAUGCUAUGGUUUGGUGAAUGUCACCGGAUACUUCAGCCAAUGUUUGCUCGAUAUGUGUACCAGUGAUGGUCAAGCUCAGAUUCUAUGUGACAGCCUUCAGGCAUACGCCACUGCCUGCCUGGCAGCCGGAGCCAAAAUUAAGUCCUGGAGAACUCCUACAUUUUGUGCCCCGGAGUGUCCAGAGAACAGCCACUAUGAGCUUUGCACACACACCUGUGACGUCACCUGUGCCGGUGUCACCGCUCCCGGCUCCUGCUCAACGAAAUGCUCCGCUGGCUGUCAGUGCGAUGAAGGGUAUCUGUUUGAUCGAGGAUUCUGUGUUUCCAUGGACAAAUGUGGAUGUUUUCACAAUGGGCAAUCUUACAAUCUUGGAGACACGAUUGUCUCAUCCGAUUGUCUCCAGCAAUGCACCUGUCAGAGCGGUGGCACGGUAGAGUGCAAAGCAUUGGGAUGCUCAGAGACCCAGUUCUGUGGACUGAGAGAAGGAAUUCGAGAGUGUAUCGAUAAACGUGGAACCUGCACACUAAACGCUCAGGGCAGCUUCAUCUCAUACGACUUAUUGUCCAACACCGUAGCCCCCGACAAUACCAUUGAUCUGACCUCCGUGUGUGACCUUGAGGACAAAAGUUGGUUCCGAUUGGUGGCCAUUACCCAGAGCUGCAGCAACGAUGGAAAUAGCCAAAUCUCUGCCGUCCACGUCUACUUCACCAACUUCUCUCUCGCUAUAACCCACAAUGGAAGAGUUUGGGAGAACGGUAGACCAGUUGGCCUUCCGUACACAUCAGGCCAAGUGACAGUAAAUCCCAUCCAAGGAGGGGUUGGGUUGACAAGCGGGGAAGAUUUCGACUUUACCCUGACCGAGACAGGAGGCCUGACCGUUACCGCCAACCAGAAGUUCAUCGGGCGCCUUUGUGGGGUUUGCGGAAACUUUAACAGGAAUAAUGCAGAUGAUUCCAAGGAUCCCAAAGGGAAGUACAUUUCGAGCUUCUCUGAAUUUAUUGCAUCUUGGAGAUCCGUAGACUUUGUCAGAUGCGGCCCAUGAGGAGGAUGAUUCUUUCUUAAGCAAGACUUGAAAUGAAUUCCAAAUAUCUCGCCGUUUUUAGUAGCGCUCAGAGACUUUCAUUGAAUCAAAAUGUUAUUAAACUCUAUGCUUUCUUAAAAU